UAUUCAUCAGAUGCAAUCUCAACAAUUAUGAAUUCACAGUCAUCUCUCAUGAAUCAGAGUUGAGAGCCAAAAGACAAAUAACGAAUACGUUUAAUCUUUAUCGCUACGUUCUAAUGCGCCACACAAAACGCCUUACAGUAGAACACAUUCUUGGGGAAGCGAACGCAAUUACAAAGCAUAUCGUGUACAACCGUUCACUUUAAGUCAUUGUACGGCGCCUGAAGUUGCGACUUAUGUGUCGAGUGGAAAUAAUUUCGUGAACAACAAACAAAACUGAAGAUAAGCGUCAACUGCGCUAAGUGAGUUCCCUCUGAAAAGUACUCGAACACAUGGUUCGAGUGUUAUCAUAUCAAAGCAGAAUAUAAAAAUAUCGCUCUAUCGCUUGCGUAUUCACAGCGAUCGGUUUCACUUAUACAUACAUUCAAGAAUUGGGAUUCAACUCCUCUGCUUCAAAACAUUGGGAGAGGAAAAAGCACUUGCUGGAACUUGUUCUCGCUUCCAGUUACUGCUGGCGUGUGAAGUCGCUGAGGUUCAGUGCGAUUGUGGUUUUUGUGCAGUAAUCAGCUUGGAUUUCGAACGAAAGUGAAAAUGUUACGUCCGUCAUUCGAAGAAUUCCAAGCGCAACGCGCCGAUUUUGUAAGUCAGGAAGAAAAGCGUGCAUUAGGCGCAGAUAUAGUGCUGACUGAAGAUGAGCUCAAGGUCAACGAAUUCCUAAUGAAGCUGAAGAAUGCAGAACUGGAAGUGGGAUUAAAGACACCAUUUGAAUUCGUACCGGCGCGGCACUUGUUCCAUGUGUUGGAUAAGAUCAAAAACUGCCCGCUUUUUAAGCUGCUUCAAAAGAUGCCUAAAGGCGCUAUACUUCAUGCGCAUGACACUGCUAUCGGCAGUAUGGAAACCAUCAUUAAAGCAACAUAUCAAGACUUCCUCUGGCAGCAUGGGGAUUUCGAUCGAGCGAGUCCACCACUGUACAAGUUUUCGAAAACCCAACCAGCGUCGAUAGAUGAUACCGAAUGGCGACCGGUGGCUGACAUUCGCAAAGAACUGGGUGACGAAGGCUAUGAUCAUAAUCUUCGAACAAUAUUCACAUUGUUCAAUAAAGACCCUGUCGCCGCCUAUCCUUCCAUCAAUACUAUUUGGAGUAAGUUCGCAGAUAUGUUCUGUUCACUCGAGCCAAUCGUCACCUAUAAACCCGUGUGGGAAAAGUAUUUCCUUAAUACCCUCGAAGAGUUAUAUUGGGACAAUGUGAGCUAUCUCGAGUUCCGCGGCGUUCUUCCGCCGGUGUAUGAUCUAGACGGGCGCGUGUACACUGCGGAAGAGAUCGUUCAAAUUUACUAUGACAUAUCGGAGAACUUUAAGAAGACACAUCCUGAUUUCAUUGGCGUGAAAUUCAUAUACGCUCCGCAUCGAAUAGUUAACGAUGAAGUUUUUGACGGUUACCUGGAGAUCGCAGAGAAUCUACACAAGAAGUUUCCUACCUUUGUAGCAGGGUUUGAUUUGGUGGGCCAAGAGGAUCUGGGAAGACCGCUGAGCGAUUACAGCGAACGCCUGCUGAAAAUGACCCCCAGUAUUCAAUUUUUCUUUCACGCCGGCGAGACUAAUUGGUGGGGCAAAACAGAUGAGAACUUGGUCGACGCUAUCCUGCUGGGCACAAAACGAAUCGGGCACGGCUUUGCGGCAAUCAAACACCCUCGGGUGUUGGAGGAGAUCAAAAAGCGCAACAUCUGCAUCGAAUUGAACCCUCUUUCCAACCAGGUGCUAAAGCUUGUGGACGACUGCCGAAAUCACGUUGGGGCGUUCUACUUCUCCGACAGCUAUCCGGUGGUUGUUUCGUCAGAUGAUCCUGCCUUCUGGUGUGCCUCUCCAUUGACACACGAUUUUUAUAUUGCUUUCCUGGGUUUGUCCUCGGCCCGUCAGGAUCUGCGGCUGCUGAAGAAAUUGGCACUUAAUUCCAUCGAAUACAGUGCAAUGUCCAGGGCGGAGAAAGUGGAAGCCAAACACAAGUGGAACAUCGCUUGGAACAGCUUUAUCGAUCGAACAAUGCAAUCUCUUUAAUUGCAUAAUGGUCAGUGGUAUUUUUACAGACAGUAUUCCGAAAAUAAAUAAACAAGAAGCUUAUCGUAGCCGUGAAUGGGACAAACGUGGUUGAUUUCAGAAUAGUAAACCCACGCUGGGGCUGACUAAAUUCAAUGUAAUCUCCUGGGCCCUACUUAUCUAAGAGGCAAUAAAUUACGGAAAGGCAACACCGGGUGACACUGUUGUAUUUCAAUGACCCUUUGUUUCGGUGGUCGAAAGAGCCACGAAUGUCAGUUUAAUGAAUGUGAUAAACAACGCAUUGAUUUAACACCUCGUAAUCAGUUCUGAUUAUUUCAUCGUUAAGUAACAUUCGCAACAAAUAAAACCAACUGCGAAACAGGUUAUUAAAAAUCAGCUCAGCGUGUUUCGUUUCCAAUUCCACAGACACUUCAAAAUAUCAUUCAACUCCAUUAAAGCCCACCGGACGGAAGCUCGGAAACGAGCACUGGAGCUGGAGCGAAACGAGUUCCGAAUGGCCGGGACGUGUCCAAACUUCAAAUGAUGUAAUUUUUUUUUUGGGUUCCCACAUCCAACCCACUUUUCCGGCGGCUGGCAAACGGCCACACCAAAACUAAACCAAACUCGCCAAAAUCUAAUAAUAUAUCAUACUUUUCCCUCCCUUACUUCGUGACCAGUUGCUAUUUACUUCAUAUUUUUUCUUCCUUUGAGGCGGUCUCUUCGCUGCUUGUGGCCGCAUGCUACUUGUUGGCUGCAGGAAUGUUGUCAUCGGUGUCGUCAUCCUCGAAGAAUGAUAACAAUUCCGUGCUUUGGCAUCAUCGCACGGGGCAAAAUAAAUCACUUCAUCAGAGUAAAGUUCGUGCUUUGGCUACCAGACUAGAGCCCUGAAGUGGCAUCGGAAUUAGGAACUCAUCUUUCGCCAUAUUUCCGCAUUCGCUGCAUAUUAAUCCUGGCUCAAUGUUUUCUAACAUUCCUUCCAUUAGCAGAGAGAUUUUCCACAAACGGGGCAAGCCUUCGGUAGCGAGGUGGACAAUGAAGUGGAUGUCGAACCAGGUCGAACCAAUUAUGAUUUAUAUUCAAGAAACACAACGCGGAGCCGAUUGCUUCCUAUAAUUACUCAUCAUUAAUUAAACGACAGUUUGUUGUGAUCAAUUACGAGUACGGCCAAGUGGUGAUCCUUCACGACCAAAGAUGAUGAUGUGGCUGGGAAAGAUAGACUGUGUUCAUUUAUAUUUGGUCACGGAUUUUUGCCUACAACGAGAAAAUGUUGAACAUAAGACUCGGCUACAACAUAGCUCGAUGAAAAAAAUGUGUUUUACAUACUCAAAUAGAAAAAAAAAUAAAAUCAUUUCUAAUUUUAACGGUUUAAUGUACUAAAAGCUAGAACAUAAUUAGGCAAGUAGCAGUUAGUAGAUAUUACAUCCCUUCCUUCAUUAAUCUAGAGCAAUGAUGAGACUAAAAUAAAAUCGUGAGCAUAUGAUGAAACAACUAACUAUGGAUAAUGGAAAUCCGAUUUAAGUCUCAUCAUUGCCCUAGAUUAAUGAAGGAAGGGAUGUGAGUGUGUUCUCCAAGUCAAGCCAUUCAGCUAUUUUUUACCGGCGGCCAAUUAGGAUUUUUCAAGUUAAUAUAAUACACAGUAUUAUAAAGACAGCAGAGAUAAAGAUUUGUUCCAAAUUUCAGAUCAAUAAAUCAAAAACAACGGAGUCAAAUUUUCAUUACUGUGGGAUAACCCUACGAACAUUCAAACACGCAUACAAACAGGUCAAGUUGAAUGAAACCGUAUAAAAAAGUAAUUGGCAAUUUUGUUAAAGCGGCCAUCUAGGAUUUGAAUUUUCCUAAAUAGCUGUGAUCUACCCUCAAACCCUUUCGCCCCAGAAAAUAUGCAAUCCGCCAUUUAGUGGUAGCAGCCAUUUUGAAGUCAAGCCCUUUCAUUUGAUACCCAUAUUGAUGGUGUUUUGUAAAAACCCAUAUUGAUGGGGGUUUGAGAAAAUAUAUUAUCCACAAUUUUGUAGCGGCCGCCAUCUUAGAUUUUUAAAAUCAUGAAAUACACAGUUUUAUAAUGACUGCAUGGAUAAAGGUGUGUUCCAAAUUUUAAAUCAAUCGGCAACAGGAAGGGGUUCAAAUUUCUAUUAAUGUGGUAAUGCGCUACAGGCAAACAUGUUACAAAGAUACAAACAUACAAAUUACAGGGCAAGCUAAAUAAAACCGUUUAAAAAUGCGUUACAGUUACCUAACAGUCAUGUGGAAGGUAAGUACGACAUAAUUGGCACUGUAUGUAACUCAACAUUUAUUACCUAAUUUUUGAAUAUUUUAUCUCUGUAGUGAAAAAUCACGUGGAAAAAUCGGAGUUGCCCUAUCAUGCUGCAGUCAAACUAUUCAAACGCGGGCUGAUUGAUAACACACCACAAGCUCCUUAGCAGUCCCAGAAAAAAAAACGAAAUCUUAACUUAUCUACCAAUGAUGUUGCAAGAAAGGAUGGUGUUAUACAAAUUUGCGUUCAGAAGACCAAGGAAAGUAGUGGAAUACAUAUAUUGAAAGAAUUGUCGGAAUCUGCACUGCUGUUCACCUCGAAACAAACUGGCUUCAAACAGAUACCAGAAUAGGACCCUUUUACCUCGAUACAGAGUUUCAAAGUUAAUUAUCACUUCAGAAA